AUGCGUUCCUUCAUCACCGCCACCCUCGUCGCUGCCGUCGUCGCCUCUCCCCACUACGGAUAUGAGCAGGCCCCUCCCCCAACCUACGGCCAAGUGAGCUCCGUCCCAGCUCCUCCCGUCAAGGAGACCUCUCCUCCUUCCUACGGAGGUGUUCCCCCUCCCCCUCCCGCGAAGCCCACCACUUCCGCCUACUCCCAGGUUCCUCCUCCUCCCCCGGCCAAGCCCACCACCUCGGCCUACUCCCAGGUUCCUCCUCCCCCAGUCAAGCCCUCCAGCUCUGUCUACUCUGAGGUUCCUCCCCCUCCCCCAGUCAAGCCUUCCAGCUCUGUCUACUCCGAGGUUCCUCCCCCUGCUAAGCCCACGACCACUCCCGUCGUCCCGGCCCCAAGCAGCUCCCCUUGCUCCACCUCUUCCACCAUCACCGUCACCGUUUCCAAGCCCGUCGGAACUGCUCCCGCUGGCACUGCUCCCGCUUGCCCCGGCUGCCCCUCCGUCCCCGGUGUUCCCUCCGCUCCCCCUGCUCCUUACCCCGUUCCUUCCGGAACUGGAUACCCCACUGUCCCCAAGCCUUCCGGCACUGGUGCUCCUCAACCUCCCAUGCAGGAGUUCCCCGGUGCCGCCAACGGCUUGAACGCCGCUGGCUUCGUCGCUGGUAUCGGUGCUUUCGCCGCUCUCUUCUUGUAA